AAGCUGAUCCGAAUGCACUUUGUGGACGCCCAAGCUCCCGAGUCACUUGAGGAUAUGCUCAGUGUUUUCAAGGCAUCGUACGAAGCAAACCGACAAGAGAUCGACUCUCUUCUGCUGACCGCGACGCUCUGGAACCUCGAGUGUGAUUCCGAGCUGCUACCAACUCCUGGUACGAUUGUCGACAUUAACAAGUACAUCAACCUGCAGCUCUACAACGAUACGCAGUGCCAACUCACGACUCGUCUGGGCCAACAUAGCUGGGAGCAGACCGAUCUGUAA